UUUUCAGUAAAAGGCGGGUAAGUGUUUCCUGUUGUUGUUGUUGUUGUUGUUGUUGUUUUCACACACAAACACGCUGUAAUGGCGGCGAAGAGAGGAGCGCUCAUUGUCCUGGAGGGAGUGGACAGAGCCGGGAAAACCACGCAGUGUAAGAAGCUGGUUCAGGCGCUGCAGCAGAGCGGCCGACCCGCGGAGAUGAUGCGCUUCCCCGACAGGACCACGACUAUCGGUCAGCUGAUCAGCGCUUACCUGGAGAAGAAGAGUGAGCUGGAGGACCACACGGUUCACCUGCUCUUCUCUGCAAACCGCUGGGAGCUCGUACCUGUGAUGAAGAAGAAGCUGGAGCAGGGCGUCACUCUGGUCGUGGAUAGAUACGCCUUCUCUGGAGUUGCUUUCACCAGUGCCAAGCCGGGUUUCUCUCUGGACUGGUGCAUGAAACCUGACGUAGGACUGCCGGAGCCCGACCUGGUGAUGUUUCUACAGCUCAGUCCCACUGAGGCUGCGCUCAGAGGCCAGUUCGGAGAAGAGCGAUACGAGACCAGUGUUUUCCAAAGAGCGGUGCAACAGAAAUUUGAACAUCUGAUGAAGGAUCCUUCAGUUAACUGGCAGGUAAUUGAUGCUUCUCAGAGCAUUGAAGACGUGCACAAAGACAUCACCUCCCACAGCCUGAAUGCAGUCAACACGGCCCAGAAUCUGCCACUGGGAGAGCUAUGGAAGUGAACGCUGU